AUGGACAAAUACAUUUACUUCGACCCGCAGCUCACCAAGCAUGACCGCCUCUUGCUGGAGAAUCUGGCCGAAGACAUCAAACUCCAGUCUGGGGAGAACGGGGUAUCCAAUGGGGGAAGCAAGGGGUCCAAACAAGGUUCGGCGGCCUGCGACGACGAUCGCAACAAUGAGAUCCUGGCUACUCUCGACGCCUUGAAUAAUCCCAAGGACAGCCACUUUGAGCCAAGUCUCUUUAACAAUGUCGAUUAUGACCAGAUCCAAUGGAAAAAAUGGUUCAACCGCUUUAUCCUGCGUCCCUACAUCCCCAUCGCCAAGUCAAUAGUCCGCUUCGACACCGACGUGGUGAUGCUAACUCAUCUGCUUCUUUACUUCACCACGUCGGUCCCCAGCGCACUAUUCCUGUACUUUGGCAAAUUCACCUGGAUCCACGGCAUCCUGCACAUGGUGAUGCAGGGCUCGUACAUCGGCACGUACACGCUCAUGAUGCACCAGCACAUCCACCAGCGCGGCGUCUUGAAGAAGAAGUUCGCGGCCUUCGACCUGCUGUUCCCCUACAUCACCGACCCCUUGAUGGGGCACAGCUGGAACUCGUACUAUUACCACCACGUCAAGCAUCACCACGUCGAGGGUAACGGCCCGAAUGAUCUCUCAUCCACCGUCCGCUACCAGCGCGACGAUAUCUGGCACUUCCUUCACUACGUUGGAAGGUUCUACUUCUUCGUCUGGGCCGAGUUGCCCAUGUACUUCAUACGAGAGAAGCGGUAUGUCUUCGCGGCCAAGUCGAUGUUCUGGGAUGUUGGAUACUACACGACGGUCUACGUGCUGUUCAAGAUCAACCCGCUACCGACCACCUGCGUUCUGCUGCUCCCGCUGCUGAUAUUGCGGGUUGCGCUGAUGAUUGGAAAUUGGGGCCAGCAUGCGUUUGUGGACGAUACUGAGCCGACCUCUGAUUAUCGAUCUAGUAUUACUCUCAUCGAUGUUGUGAGCAACCGCCAUUCGUUCAAUGAUGGAUAUCACACGUCGCAUCACCUCAACCCGAUGCGUCACUGGCGCGAACACCCCAACCACUUUAUGAAGAGCAAGAAGGUGUAUGCAUCGCACAAUGCACUUGUAUUCCACAACAUCGACUACUUCAUGGUCACCAUCAGGCUCUUAUGUAAGGACUACGAACAUCUGGCAAAGUGCUUGGUGCCCAUCGGGGAGGAACAAAUCGCCAUGAACUUGAGUGAGCGGGUAGCGAUGCUGAAGAGGCACACUCGCCGCUUUACCGAAGAGGAGAUCAAGGUCAAGUUCCACCUAUCAUAA